AUGAUCGGACGCUACAUCGAGCUCGACUCUCUCAUCAAGGCGCGCAUCGUCUCCCUCAACCUGUCGGGAGCCCUUGCGGCGGUCGCUGGUGGUUUCGCCGCCAAGGCCCUCGCCGAGCUCCACACCGACCGUCAGACUCUGGCCCACACGAUCCCCGGCGGUAAGCUUUACGCUGGCGACAUUGUCGGUGCCGGCUCGGCCAUGACUGGCGCGUCCAUGUUCGGCGUCGGUGUCUCGUGGUUUGCCCUCAUCCUCGUCUACUUUGAGCAGAGGGGCAAGGUCUCCAACAGGCUUCGCUGGACCACAGAGUGCCUCCUUGGCUUCUCGUGUUUCUCCCUCCUUGCCGCGCUUAUCGCCACCACUAUCAUCUGCGUCGGUCGCUCCGCUGUCCCCUUUGCGCCCAGCAUCCCCUCGGCCACCAUCGUCAAGCUCAUCGAGGCCAUGGGCCGUUCGCUCAAGUACCGCGACACCAAGACUUACAUUGCCAUGAUUGUCGGCUGGUUCUGCUUCUUCUUCCUGACCCUCGACCUUGUCCUCCUCAUCGCCGCUGGUCUUCGUUACCGCCGCCUGGCGCGCGAGCGCCGUGCAAGCGCCACCAGCGGCGCCGAGCCCAGCACCCCCGAGUUCCACGAGGACAAGAAGGUCGGCUUCGAGACCGACCACGUCUAA